AUGGAUUAUUCCGACUCUGAGGACGACACCUAUAACGAUGUCAACUUCUGGCGUGUUUCCCCGAUGGUGUUCCUUCCUAUGGAUGGAGACACCCAUAAUGAGAAUGGCAAAGUAGAUGGUAGCGGUAAUGAUGUCCAUACCGACGUUGAUGACAACAGCCUCAAUAAUUCAACUGGCGAUGUCGUUAUGGUGGAGUCGGGCAUACCCCGAGAGAAGGACAGAGGUUUGAUCAUCCCGAAGGAUGCCUACCACCUGGUCAUCACUCGCGACUUGUCUGGGAAGUCUGCAGAGGCAUCUAGUCAGCUAUUAGCUAACGUGCUCAAUAGACUAACGGAAAACUACCUCUACUUGAACGAUGAUGGACCGAAGAUGAGUAAAUUAGCAGAGAGAGCUGAUGAGCUACGUAAAGAGCUGAUGUCAGCUCAGAAGGAGGUGAAAGCGGAAGCCGAUAUAGCAGAGAUAGAAUUAGAAAAAGGAGACCAAGACAAGGAUCUAUUGGACGAUUACCCAGGUCUCGGUGCCGGAGUGGAUAAGGAAGUAUUGGAGUCUACUCUACUCAACGCUAUAUGA